AUGCUUGGCAAACGUAUUGCAUCGGAGAUUGAGGCCUGCCUCACUGAGUACUACCGUCAAGAGUGCUUACGUGCCUUGUAUACCAAGAAGAACCAUCUACAAGACUGCACUUGGAUCAACAAGGACAUGAUGGCAAAGUCUACGCGCCGAUCGCGGAAAGGCGUUUCAUUCGCCUUGGUUCCUGAAAUUAUCGGUCGCGCUGAUCCUACUGUGGACCGAAGCCCUAUCGACGUGUCUCCGGUUUCCAAGCUUGAGCUUAUUUUAUUGUGCUCUGAACGCACGUUUCCUGUCCAAGCGUAA